CUAAUCGACCAAGGAGAAAAUACCAGCGUGAGAUGAGGUGCUUACCCGCGGUUAUCCUAGCCGUCCUCUUGGUCGCGACGGAGGGCAAGGUUGUGCCGGCUAGCGAUGUCGAGAGCCAGCAGACUGGUACGCAGCAACCCCUUCAAUUGUCCGAUCAUAUCAAAGAGGCCCAAGCGGUCAUCAACAACUUGGGCGCUCAGCUACAGCAGCAACUCAACUUGCCCAACCAAGAGGAAUUAAUCAACACCAUGAAGGAGCAGAGUAGCAACUUGGUCAACAAUGUCCAGGCGUACCUCAAGAACAUGUCCGACGAGAUCAAAGCCAAAAGCCCCGAGUUGGAGAAUCUUUGGACAAACAUGAAGAGCAAGCUCUCCGAAACGUUCGACAAUCUAAAUGUCAAUCCCGAGACGACGGAACAGGUGAAUCAGCUGCGUGCCAAAUUCCAAGAGGGUGUCCAGACUCUCGUGACGGAGUCGGAAAACGUCGCUAAGACCAUCAAUGAGAAUUCCAGCAAGGUUCAGGAGGGUAUCGCCAAGUUGACCAAGCAGGCAAUCGACAUCGCCGUGGAGGCUUCGCAGAAUUUGAACAAUCAGUUGCAGCAGGCCACGCCGGCGCCGCAGCCACAAAAUUAAGGAGACCAAAUUAUUUUCGCAACGUAUUCGCGCACGUGCGGGAAUGUGCGAAACAUCUUGGAAAAAACAAAUUUGUCAAAUUUGCACGGAGAAAUCCACGUUCGCAUCAGCCGAUCCGUCUUAUCUCACAAUCAAAUAAAUACUAUAAACAUACUCGAUAGCUGACGAUGAUUGUUAAUAAAAGUACUUGCGUGUU